AUGGCUACUGGUUUUUUUGUUCUUGAUGGAGUGUUAAUGGCAAUACGUUUAACAAUUAUAAACAAUUUACUUCAGUAUCAUCCGGAAUCAAGCUCCCAGUUAGCAAUGGGUGCAACCUUUGGUGUUGAGCCACCAAAAGAAACGGUUGAUGUGGAUAUUGCAACCCACUUAAGAGUUCGUUAUGAUGGUCCUGACCGUAGCUUGCUGUUUGUGGAGACUGCUGAUCGCCCGGGGUUGCUGGUGGAUCUUGUGAAGACUAUUACAGAUAUAAACAUUGCAGUUGAGUCUGGGGAGUUUGACACCGAGGGGUUGCUUGCAAAGGCAACGUUUCACGUCAACUACAAGGGCAAAGCCCUCAUCAAACCUCUGCAGCAGGUUCUUGCUAAUAGUUUACAAUAUUUCUUGAGGCGUCCAAGUACGGAGGAGGCUAGUUUUUGAGGCACCAUAGCCAAGUUUAGGAGCAACUUACCAAUACAAUGGGUGAAGUUUUAGAAUGUUUUUGCCAAUAAUCUCUUCCUGUAGCAAUUCUAC